ACUUUGUUUUCCAUUCUCACUCUAGUUUCCAGCAACAAAUCAUACUCAUUCUCAUCACUGCAUUGGACACCGUCACCCCACCAGUGCAUCAUGCCCUCGCCAGUUCAUCCCAAGCUGGUUUGGGCGCGCUCCGACGGUAGCAAGAGCACUUGGCCGGACCAGCGUCCUGCGGGUCAUCCGGACGGCUGGGAUGAGAAAGUUGGCCCCGAGAACAUGCGCUACAAGUCGUUCAUGGAAAAGGUGGGCCAACACCUAGCCAAGAAGCUCGACCUCCAUGGCCUGAAGGACCCACGAAUGGUCGAGUUUCCAGACGGCUACGCGUUAUUCGUCCAUCACAAGAUCCAAAAGGACACCACCAUCCGCGACGACUACUACCUGUACGGCUCGACGCGCAUCGGUGGCUCCAAGUUCCGCUCGGUCAACGAGUUUAUUCCCCACGUCGAAUGGCUUCAGAACACCAACUUGCCUUUUGAUUCUCACGCAGAGACGUGUAGCUGCAAGUAUGGUAACGGCAAGGAAGCCCCAAGCCAGCAGCCAUCGUCAACGCAGAAGCGCCCGGCGGGCAGCAAACAGCAGGACUCGAACAAGAAGUCCAAGCCAGAAGAGCCAGACGAGAUGUACGACACUGUGACUGUAGAGCGUGCCAUCGACUAUCGCUCUCAAAGGCGUUAUCGCCGGGGCGAGCUCGUGUUCUUCAAGCUGGAAAACCCUGUCCAGCCACCACCGAACAGCGGCAACUCUGCCAUCACUCACUGGCCCGGUCUGAUCGCUUCGGUCAAGGAGACGACCGUCAACAACGCCAGUGCUGAUCAGACCAGCGCCCCUGCGUCUUCGGCAACUGCUUGGUCAAUGUUUGGCGGGAAAGUUCCAGAGUCAUUGCAGCAGCCCCAGAAGAAGAAGCAAUUCAUCCACACCAUCCGCCCACUGGGCUGGUUCAAGAAGGGGUCGGAAGUGAAGCGUCCGACACGGGCCCUGCUACCAUGGGCAGCUGGUGCGGAGCUAUUUGGCGGCGUUGAGGGACAAAAGGCUCGGGAGAAAGAGUACGAGCGUGUGCUUGCCGAGGCCAUCAACACCGAGGCGACCUCCGACCCUCCCAAGGCCCAGGACCUCCAGGGUAACGCUCUGACGGCGCGAUGGCAGAGCCGCUUUGGAGAGCGGAUCCCGUUCAGCGACAUGCCCAAGACGUGGGAUGGGGUGGUGAUUCGUGCGGUACCGGCCCUCGAGAUGGGAGAGACUACCGCGAGCUAUUGGGCCCAGACGGACAAGAUCGAAGUCGUCCCGGGCGACGGAAGACUAAGCGCUGAGGACCACACUGCCAUCGCCAGCGGGCAUAAGACAUUGUUCCAGGGCGUUUGGUACCAGGGCGAGCGAAUCUGGCUCGAGGAUAUGGUCAGGCUCCGCUUGCAUCGAACCGAGAUUCCCACCGACAACUUGACGCCACCAAAGGCGGGUGCGAUGGAGAAUGCUGUGUUCAUGCAGAUUCGCUUAAUCACAUUGGAGCCCUGGGACGACCCGAACAACGAGGAAGGCUCGGGUCACGACAGAUGGCGUUGUCUUGUCUACGGUGACCUGUUCGAGUUGAUCCCGAAGACCUCGCUGAGCGAGGGAGAAGUGGCCGACGCUCCUCAGGUCCACGCACCAGCUGGACACUGCUACAAGAGAAUCAACGGCCCCGAGUUUGAGAUCAACAUCGACCUCUUCGACGUCGCAGGACGAUGCUACCCAGACCUGUUCGAGAACGAGGUCGGCUGGUUCUGCUCUCCCAAGAUGCCUGCCAGUCAGCGCGGCAGUCUUAUCCCAGCUGGGGACGCGGUGCAGGCCAUUGCCGGCGUGCACCCCAAUGUGAAGCAGAUGCCUCUCUGCGAAUGGAAGGAGGAUCUGUACACCAUUGUCAAGACCGCCACCAUCUCAGUGGAGAAGAAGGUGCAACAGAACUAUGCCAGUCUUCUCCGCGACAAACUAGGCUUCCCGCAGCCUGUCGAGGCCCCGUCCACACCACGCAACGGAGCUGGCAACGGCAGCGCUUAGGCUGGGUAGCAGUGGGGCGUCCUUCGAAGGCGACAGUUCCGCAGGUCGAACCGCCCCAGAGAUCUAUGAGACACCAUGACGAGAGGCGACUAGCAUAGGCACGAGUAGGUAUUGUGCGCGAGAGAGUAGCAGAGCGGCCCAUCGCCCCGCACUAUGUAGAUAUGUGGCAUGUGAGAUAUCAGACGUUCGACA